CGUCCAGGGAUGACCUCAGGGGCUAGAAUGCCCCAUCAGGGCGCUCCCAUGGGCCCCCCGGGACCGCCGUAUGGAGGAAGCCCCCCGAUACGUCCGGGGAUGCCUAACCCGGCGCUGGACCCCAGCCGAAAGCGCCCCACCCCCACGCAGCCGGUGCAGCCGCAGACCGCUCAGAGCCGCCCUGUCAAGAGAAGGAAAAUGGCAGACAAGAUUCUCCCUCAGAGGAUCCGUGAGCUUGUGCCAGAAUCCCAGGCCUAUAUGGAUCUGCUGGCUUUUGAGCGCAAACUGGACCAAACCAUUAUGAGAAAGCGGGUGGACAUCCAGGAAGCUCUGAAAAGACCAAUGAAGCAAAAACGAAAGCUCCGUUUGUACAUCUCCAAUACGUUCAACCCCGCUAAGCCUGACGCAGAGGACUCAGAGGGUAGCAUUGCAUCCUGGGAGCUCCGAGUGGAGGGCAAGCUACUGGAUGAUCCUGGUAAGCAGAAAAGGAAGUUUUCCUCGUUCUUCAAGAGCUUGGUUAUAGAACUGGACAAAGAUCUCUAUGGUCCUGACAACCAUUUGGUGGAGUGGCACCGCACUCCGACGACUCAGGAGACGGACGGCUUUCAGGUGAAGAGACCGGGGGACGUAAACGUUCGCUGCACGCUCCUACUCAUGCUGGAUUAUCAGCCCCCCCAGUUUAAGCUGGACCCGCGUCUUGCACGUCUGCUGGGGAUCCACACUCAGACCCGCUCCUGCAUUAUCCAGGCUCUUUGGCAGUACGUUAAAACCACCAAGCUGCAGGACUCCCAUGAAAAGGAGUACAUCAACUGUGACAAGUACUUCCAGCAGAUCUUUGACUGCCCUCGUCUAAAGUUUUGUGAGAUUCCUCAGCGACUCACUAACCUUCUUCUGCCUCCUGACCCCAUAGUCAUCAAUCACGUCAUCAGCGUGGAUCCAAAUGACCAGAAGAAAACAGCAUGCUACGACAUUGAAGUGGAAGUGGAGGAUCCUCUGAAGAGUCAGAUGAGCGGCUUCUUGCUCUCAACAGCAAAUCAGCAGGAAAUAGCUUCACUGGACAACAAGAUUCAUGAGACCAUUGAGUCUAUUAACCAGCUCAAGAUCCAGAGAGACUUCAUGCUCAGCUUCUCAAGAGACCCCAAGGGCUACAUCCAAGACUGGAUCUGUUCUCAGAACCGAGACCUGAAGAUAAUGACAGAUGUUGUGGGGAACCCAGAGGAAGAGAGGAGGGCGGAAUUUUAUAAUCAGCCCUGGUCGCAGGAAGCUGUGAGCCGUUACUUCUAUUGCAAGAUUCAGCAACGAAGGCAAGAACUGGAACAGGCUUUGGCCUUGCGUAAUACCUAA